AUGGCCGAGGCCAGUAUUUCAGUAGGUCAGGACCAGUUCAUGUGUCCAGUCUGUCUGGAUCUCCUUAAGGAUCCUGUGACUAUUCCCUGUGGACACAGUUACUGUAUGGGCUGUAUUAAGGGCUACUGGGAUCAGGAUGAUCAGAAGGGAGUCUACAGCUGCCCCCGGUGCAGACAGACCUUCACUCCAAGACCAGCUCUUGCUAGCAACACCAUGCUGGCUGAAAUGGUGGAGGAACUGAAGAGGAGACGACUGGAAGCUUCUUCUGAGGGACAACAGGAGAAGAUUUGUCCUCGUCACAACGCACUGAUAGAGUUUUGUUGCCAUACCGACCAUCAGUUCCUGUGUUAUGUGUGUCUGGUGGAUGAACACAGAGACCAUAAAACAGUAUCAGUGGCAGCAGAGAGGACUGAGAGACAGAAGCAGUUACUCACAAAUCAAAGAAAAACCCAGCAGAGAAUCCAGGAGAGAGAGAAGGAGGUGCAGGAGCUGAGACAGGCUGUGGAGUCUCUGAGGCGCUCUGCACAGGCAGCAGUGGAGGACAGUGAGAGGAUCUUUAUUGAGCUGAUCCGCUCCAUUGAGAGAAGGUGCCGUGAGGUGACAGAGCUGAUCAGAGAUCAGGAGAAGAGUGAAUUGAGUCAGGCUGAAGGAGUCCUGGAGCGACUGGAGCAGGAGAUUGCUGAUCUGAGGAGGAGAGACACUGAACUGGAGCAGCUUUCACAGACAGAGGAUCACGUCCAUUUCCUCCAGAUUUUCCCAUCUCUCUGUGCCCCUCCUGGAUUGACAGACUUUCCCAGCAUCACUGUCAGUCCACACCUCUCUUUUGAGGAUGUAGGAAAAUCUGUCUCUCAGCUGAAAGAGCAAGUGGAGGAUUUCUGUAAGGAGUUUGGAAGACUUUCCACACAAGUGACAAAUGUCAAUAUAUUUACACACGUUGAACCCAGGACCAGAGAAGAGUUCUUACAAUAUUCCUGUAAUCUAACACUGGAUCCCAACACAGUAAACAAACAUCUCCUUCUGUCUGAAGGGAACAGAGUGGUGACAUACAUCGAGACAGUGAAGUCCUAUCCUGAUCAUCCAGAGAGAUUUGAUAAAUGGUAUCAGGUGUUGUGUAGAGAGAGUGUGUCUGAACGCUGUUACUGGGAGACUGACUGGAGUGGAGACUACGGUGUUUCCAUUGCUGUGUCAUAUAGAGACAUCAGCAGAAAGGGAGGGGGUAAUGAGUGUGUGUUUGGAUGUAACGGUCAGUCCUGGGGAUUGUUCCUGUCUCCCUCCCGUCACUCAUUCAGACACAAUGAUGAAGUGACUCAACUCCCCACAGUUCCCAGUUCCUCCAGAAUAGGAGUGUAUGUGGACCACAGGGCAGGAACUCUGUCCUUCUACAGCGUCUCUGACACAAUGACCCUCCUCCACAGAGUCCACACCACAUUCACUCAGCCCCUCUAUCCUGGGUUCUGGGUCAAUUUGGUUUCACAAGUAAAAGUUGUCCCCCUAUUCCAGUGA